AGCCAGAACUGUUGGCUUUGUAGUCCGGCCGGUGGUCCAAGAGCAACUCUGUCCUGGGUUGCUCGUGGGUUUCAAUCUACGUCAGAAGACGGCAGAACCGACGUCGGCUGCCAUGAAGAACGACGAUGAAGAGACCACCGUUCCGACAACUCCCAACAAUCCUGAUACCAUGCUCAUUGCGAGGCCUUUGAAGCCACGCCGCCUAUCCAUUGCGACCACAGCAAGCGGGUCCUUUAGUUGUUCGUUGGAUGCAGAUGGCGGUUGGGCCACGCCCCAAACCUCCGUCGGCCUCGAGGAGGUCGCGCUGACCGAGGACCGCCAGGACCGCGACCUGCGCGAGCUCCGCGACCUCCGGGUCGACCCACUCCGCGGAAACCGAGCUUUGGGGACGCCAACGGCAGGGCACGCGCCGGUCUCACCGUUCUACGAGACCUGGCCCGGUCCGCCGAAGACGAUGCCACCCAGCCCCGGAUACAUGCAGAGACCUCCGCUGCUCUCGAGUGGCCCCCCAACACCCCACACCGGAGACGCUUCGCAGCGCCGCGGCUUCGCUGAAGAGGAGGACAUCCUCACCGGCACGGCCCUCAAGUUAUUGGCCAUGCUCCUCAGCGGUCCUGCCAUUCCAGCCUUACCACCAUGUGGCUGCUAUGGUGGACUGUUGGUGUCCUCCGCCAUCUCGGAGGGGCUGGGAUUGCAGGCGGCGGAGGCUGCCAAAGCUGCAGCUGAGGGACAUGGAGACAAGCCCGUCAAGGUGCUUCUUCCACGCUACCCAGAUUUGCCAGGUCUUGUCGGGGAUCACACGAAACCUGCCAAGCUACCAGAUCCAGAUGCUCCAGUCCCAUCUGCGCCACCAACGCCCGGGCCAUGGCCUCCCACGCCGCCCGGGCCGCCCUUGGUGUUGCCACCCCCGGGUGCCGCGAUGCCACCGCCGGUGGUGCCUCGUUAGACUCGUAGAUCCCUUCCGCCGCACAGCACGGCCCUGCUCGGAUUGGCUCGGGUGAAGCCGCAGGGCGUCGGACAUCGG